AUGUCUGAAAAUAGUCACCCGAUGGCCGGUGACGAAGAAGAUGCCGUGGGACAGCAGAACGACACAGUGUCCGCAUACCUGGCCACCUUGUUCUCCAUCACGACGUGUGAUGAACAUGAGCAGUGUGACAGCAGCUGUUCUGGAGAUCCAGUCUUGCUCCAGCCACUAGUAUCUGACAGAAACAGAGUUCAUAUUUCCACGCCGCCUCGACCUAGGAUCAUCGAUCCUGAUACUCAGCUACGCGACAGGUCCUGGGCAGACUCUCAACAGUUCCUAGGUCUUAAGUAUGAGCCAAUCGAUAGCAAGUCUGGCGAGAUCCGACUCCUGAAGAUCAAGCCUGGCGUCUUUCGAGCCGACGUUGUCGAAUGCGAGAUGUUUACCACAUCCCUCUCAUCCGAAGAGGCGUUCGAAGCGAUUUCGUACUGUUGCGGUGUCCACAACGCAAGCGAGCUUAUCAUUUGCAAUGGCCAAGCUCACCUCAUCUAUCCAUCCCUCAACUCGGCAAUCAAGGCGUAUCGCAGCAGCGGGCACGUUUCAAGACCUGUUUGGGUGGAUGCAGUCUCGAUUAACCAAGUCGACAAGCAAGAGCUGAAGGAACAAAUCCCGCUGAUGAGAGCAAUAUACAGCCGUGCUCUCCAAGUUUUCAUCUAUUUGGGAGACUUCGACAACGCUGAUUAUCAAGGAUUUGACCUGAUGAUGAAGUUGAGCAACGUCAACCUCCACCAGCAAAAGCUCUAUCCGCAAGAACAGCACAAACCGGUUCUCCCGCUAGAAGUUCUCGUCCAAAGGUACCGGUUGCCUCCAGCAGGACACCAAAGCUACCGCAACUUCGUGCAACUGCUCUCCUUCCCAUGGUAUCGACGUACAUGGAUCUUGCAGGAAGUAGCUCUGAGCAAACAAGCCGAAGUGCAUUUCGGACGACUCGGUAUCAAGUGGGAGGUCUUGGCGAAUUCGGCCUACUUCUGGGUUUGGAGCGGACUCUCCAGAUCAGCCGACUACGGCGGGGAUACCGUAUCACGAUACUCCGAAAUCUCACUCGCCCGACUUCUGGAUGUUUGCAAAGUCGCCAUCAGGGCCGACCAGACCUCCCUCAUGGAAAUCCUGCGGCAUACUCGUGAUUUCCAGGUUUCAGACCCUCGUGAUAAAGUCAUCGCCAUUUUGGGAAUGGUCGGAAACAUGGAUCAAGAAUUGGCUUCUCUGGCGGACUAUGAACUCAGCGCUGAUCAGAUAUUUCACAAGACGGCUUUGUAUCUGAUCCAUAGGAACUGGGUCCAUCUUUUGCUUGCUCAUUCCGGCCUCCAACGGCGACCCGAAAACGACAACAAUCCCUCUUGGGUACCAAAUUGGACAACAGACUCCAGGAAAUACAAUGAGAGGCCGCUGGUACUGCUGAGACAAGCGAAAGAAUUUAGGGCCGGUGGUCGUGCAUCACUAUGUCCACUCACCUGGCUAUCGGACCAAGACUAUCCCAAAGAGCUCCUGGUUCUAGGAUUUGCCUCGCACAGAAUUAGCUGGACGGGGAAGGCCUGUCCUUUUGUGGCCGAGGGACAGAUGUACCCUGCUGACUUUUCUUACGUUGGCGAGUUUCUGCAUUGGUACAGAAAGACCCGGGAGUGUCUGGCCACCGUCGUACAGGCGAACGUGCUGCAAACAGUGUACGACGACGUCGAGGAGGCUUUCUAUCGCACACUUCUCGUCGACGAUCUUUACCCUCCCCACCCUCAAUUACCAAACUUUUCCGAUAUCCAAGACCCAAAGGCAGAAUGUGCUCUGGCUAUUGAGGCACUCUUACAGAUGGCGACGACAGAGAACCCAGAUGCGGAGCUUGGCAAUAUAGACCGUGAUCAGAAGAUGACAUCAGUGGAUACAUGUAUCAUGCAGUUGACGACGGCGCCAAGGGGUCGUCGAUUCGCUGUCACAGAUACUGGAUAUAUGUGUCUGACGCCUGAGAAGACAGAGAUCGGCGACCAUGUGGUUCUCCUACACGGCUUUCCAACGCCGUUUGUGGUGAGAUCCGUGACCGAGGAGAGAUCAACCAAGGACAUGAAGUUGACAGGUACAAGGUCACUGGACGAAUUGAUGGGGAGCGUGAUGUCGCUCGGUGCGUCUGGUGCAAGAGAAGCGGCGCAGGGGUGGUUCCUAAAGGAGAUGCUGGCGAGAGGUUAUGAUGGCAUGAUGAAACGGAAGAACGUGACCCUUGUGGGACAGCUGGUUGGAGAUGUCUAUGUGCACGGCCUGAUGGAAGGUGAAGCGUUUCCUGAUGCCGAAGCCGACUACACGAAAAUGCAGGCCAUCAUGCUAAUUUGA